AUGGCGGCCAUCAAGAUGCUCGUGCUCCUGGCGCUGGGCGCCUUCCUGCUCAGUCCAGCUCCAGCAUCGGCGGUUAAAUGGACGCCGGCGUUCGCGACAUUCUAUGGCGGCGGCGACGCGUCCGGAACGAUGGGCGGGGCCUGCGGAUACGGCAACCUGUACGGCGCCGGGUACGGCACGCGGACGACGGCGCUGAGCACGGCGCUCUUCAACAACGGCGUGUCGUGCGGGGCGUGCUUCACCAUCGCCUGCGACACGCGCAAGUCAACGUGGUGCAGGCCAGGCACCUCCAUCACCGUCACCGCCACCAACUUUUGCCCGCCCAACUACGCGCUCCCCAGCAACGACGGCGGCUGGUGCAACCCGCCGCGGCAGCACUUCGACAUGUCGCAGCCCGCCUGGGAGACCAUCGCCGUCUACCGGGGCGGCAUCGUCCCCGUCAACUACAGGCGGGUGCCGUGCCAGCGCAGCGGCGGCAUCAGGUUCACCAUCAACGGCCACAGCUACUUCGAGCUCGUGCUCGUCACCAACGUCGCCGGCAGCGGCGGUGUCGCGCAGAUGUCCAUCAAGGGCUCCGCCACCGACUGGAUCGCCAUGAGCCAGAACUGGGGCGCCAACUGGCACACCGGCGCCUACCUUAACGGCCAGAGCCUCUCCUUCCGCGUCAAGUCCGACGACGGACGCGUUGUCACCGCCGACAACGUCGCGCCCUCCGGCUGGUCCUUCGGCGGCACCUACACGUCCGGGGCUCAGUUCUAG